UCCACUUUUCACCACAUUACCGCCCGGUUACCUGCAUAUAACAGGUAGUGGGAAAACUCGUUCGGGCGUAAAGACGAUCUUUUAUUUCCAUUUUAUUUUUAUCCUCUCUAUAUAAUAUCAGUAUGUGAAAUUAAUUGCAUCGAGUGCAUUUUGCUUUUAAGUGAAACCUAAUUAUUUCGAAUAAAUAUUAAAAAAUAAAUAAAUUAUAAUGAGGCUUAAAAUUAAGACUGUUAUGAUUGUAUGGAUUUUAGUUGGUAAUGCCAUUUAAUGUUAAAUACCUUAUGUGGUUAUAAUGACUCUUGUGAGAAAUGACCUCUUUUUGUUAUUAGUGAUUAUUUUCAGUUUGCAGAGUCUUUCUUGCAAGGUUUUACAAGAAGAUUUAACAUCUGACUCAUGUCCGCCGCCCUCUCUGGCCCUAAACGGUUCGCUGACCGAAAAAGGGGAAACACGAAUAAGAGGCGAAUACUCAAACGUGCGGGAAGUGAAAUUUUCCGGGUCAAUCGGCCCGCUCGGCGAGAAAAGACUUUGCAAAAUCAAAUGUAUCGGCGGGCAGUGGGUCGGACCUUUAUGUGUCGACCAACAAGAUAAUGGACGGUUUCAGCCCUUAUUUAAAAAUUGCAAAUUGGAAUAUAUCAACCCCCAUUUGGUGGUCACUUUUAAGAAUAUCACUAUUCAUAAUCCUGGCAUAGUUUUCCCGCACGGAUCGCAACUACAGGUGCGCUGCAAAGAGUUGGGUUUGUAUAAAUUACUGGGCACAGCAACCCCCAGGUGCCACAAUGGCGAAUGGUCCACCAGGUUGCCCAGUUGUGUUCCCACAACGAUUUUAACCAAUUUUACCGAGGACGCACCUCCAACGGUGCUAAUCAAAAUCCCAUCUGGAUCGGCGAGCGUGGAGCCAGGAGGUGACUUGGCCCUAUUUCCCGGUUCUACCCUUCAUUUUGAGUGUUUGUAUCCACGUAGGGUGGGAACUCCCGAUUGGACCUGGACCACCCCAUUGGGACAAUACCUCACCGGGUGGGCCAUAGCACCGGAAGAACGCGACUGGAAGUAUCGACUGUCCAUUUAUUAUGCGAAGUCGCAAGAUUCCGGUACUUUCACUUGUGCGACGCCCAGGGGAAUCACUAACAGUAUUACUUUGCAUGUUGUCGCGGUCACAUGCGAACCAAUUUCCGUACGAGGCAUCCAUCUGACGGUAAGAGUAGAAGGAACGAGACUGGGUCACCGGGCAUUUUUCCAAUGCCCCACGGGAUACGUCGUAAGCGGAGCCCCAAAUCUCACUUGUCAAGCCUCAGGUAAAUGGUCAUCGACGGUUCCCAAAUGUGACCCGGUAACUUGUCCCCCAUUCGACAGUCCCGGGGGGCUUCCGGAGCCCCAUUUACAACUGGAGGAGUACAACAACAGUUUUGGGGGAAGGGCUGUUUUCAGUUGCGCCUGGGGCUACCGCCUAGUCGGACCUCCCGGUAUAGAAUGCGAGAUUAAUGGGAAUUGGAGUGGUAGACUGCCGAAAUGUCUUCCUGUCCAGUGUCCACCCCCGGUGCUACCAAUAAACGGACACCUAAUCCAAUCGGAAAGUCCCGGUAUGGACGGUGGGAGAUACGCGGUGGGCAGUUUGGUGCAAUUCGCGUGCAAAGGCGCCCACCUCCUGGAGGGCGAGGCGAGCAUCAUUUGUACCGAAACCGGUUUUUGGAGUCAUCCGCCGCCAUUUUGUAAACCACGGUGCGCCUAUUUAGGUGAACCGAACAACGGACUGGUGGCGCCCACGAAGUUCGCUUACGAUCCAGGCGACGAGCUCCAAGUGACUUGUAAUCCCGGAUUCGAAUCAAAAAUCGACGAGCAACGGAUCAAAUGUCUUCCCGACGGGAAAUGGAGCGGCCCCUUGCCGAACUGCACAAGUUACGACCAAAUUUGAUUUAGGUUUUAGGUAGAACAUAAUGUCAUUUAUAUGGAAGCGGAAUUUUAUUAUUAUGACUUUUUUAGGGUUUUAGAUAAUGUUGGUUAAGUAUUAAGGAAAAUAAAGUUAUAA